AUGUCUCAAAUCGACCUUCACCCUGAUAAUUUUGAGCCCGAUGAUUUCCCAAUCGUUGUUGCCAUCGACUUUGGAACGACGUUCUCGCCAAAACAAAAUAUCCAGUAUGCAAAGACACCAACCCUCAACCUUUACAAGGAAGUCAAUGGAGAGUAUAAGAUGAUGGAAUGGGGCUGGAAAUCAAAACUAGUAAUGGAAUCACCUUCAGGAUCAGACCAUACUCAAAUCUCCCAGUACAAACCCUACUUGGACGAAAACAUCACCUUGACACCAUGGAAGAAUGUAGUAUCUAUCCCAGAUGCUAUUUCGGAUUACCUCCGUGGAUUGCACGAGUAUGCUGCAGAGAAGAUCUUACAAGAAUUUGGACCAAGUUACAGUCGCAAGUGUUUCCGAUAUUGUCUUACAGUACCAGCAAUGUGGUCCGACAAGGCUAAAGAUGUAAUGAGAAGAGCCGCCAUCAGAGCUAACAUUAUCUCUGAAUCCGACCAUCCCGAACGCCUGAUGUUGGUUUCGGAGCCUGAGGCAGCAGCCUUGUACUGUGAACGAGCAUGCAAGCAGUAUGAUCUUCAGGACGAUGACCGGUUCAUGAUCUGCGACGCAGGUGGCGGUACUGUGGACCUUAUUGUGAAGUUUGGGAAAAACGCUGCCAAGUUUCCUAAAGGUAUCAUCCUUCAGUUGAUUGAGACGUUUACAUAUCAAAUCAAGCCUCACUUUGAUGGUGUUGAAGACCAGUAUUUGCCGCUGCCUAGAAGUGACUGCUUUGACGACAUUGAGGAUCCAGGCGCCAUUGGGAUCGACGGCGGUUAUAUGCGCCUUAAGGCAUGCGAGCUGAAGGAUACUGUAUUUGAGCCGGUUGUGGUGAAGGUGCUGAGGCUGAUUCAGGAACAGAUUGAUGCAGCCAAGGAAUGUUCGGCAAUCUUUAUGGUUGGAGGAUUUGGCGCUUCCAAUUAUCUCCUAGAACGCGCUAAGCAAGAAUUCAGUGGCGUGGUCAAGACAAUCGCCUCACCCUAUAAGCCUGAGAUUGCUGUUGUUUGUGGAGCAGUGUAUGUGGGAAUGAAUCCAAAGAUGGUGACUGCACGUGUUAGUCGCCGUUGUUAUGGUAUUUGUUUCAUGGAUGUCUUCCAGGAGGGUGUCGACCCCAUUGGAUUCAAAGUCCACCGGAUCGAAGGAGAGUAUUGUACUCACCGAUUCAGUGUCUUUGUUAAGAAGGACCAAAAGGUGCAAGUGAACGAGUGUGUCACCCGCUUCUAUGUUGUCACAAAGCAGGACAGUUACGACACUGGGGCAUGUACACUUCGCAUCUAUUCCGUCAAUGGACAACCGCCGCGAUAUACUACUGGAUUAAUCGAGUUGGCAGAGAUUUCGCUUCCAGGUCCUUUCGAUUCAUCGCACCCACUUGCCCACGAGAUUUCUGUUAAGAUGCAGAUGUACUUUGGGUUGAACGAGAUCAAGGCCGUGGCGUUUAUCCAAGGCAAGGAAUACUCGACUACACUUCGGUUUACGGAUGGAGACACCUACAACAGGCCUCAAGUACAAUAUCUAUAA